CUGGGAAGGAAAUUAUGUCCAUGGGUGUUUUCAGCGAUGGGCAAAUUUCGCAUCAAUUCCUCGAUGAGCUGCCGGAGGAUCUCGUGUUGUCGCUGGAGCAGCGCCGACAGCUCAAGCUCCUUCUCCGGGCGCUUUGUUUGAUCGCCAGGGAUGUGGCGCUGCCGGGCGCAUUGCUGGAAUCCGUGGCGCGCCUGCGUGAGGGCUGGAUUGCCGAUCAGAAGAAGCAUCAGCCGGAGCCAGAGGAGAAUCACGAUGGCAUGGAUGGAUUGCUGGAUUUGGAGGAGGAGAGAGGGGUGCUGCUCCAUAAUUUCGAGUCGUCGCUGGAGCACUCCAAGUACGUCUCGGCGGCACGGCUGCGAAGGUCCGAGGAGUCUCGUUUCUACGGCCGGCUCAAGCGUCGGCUGAAAGAACUUGGAAGCUUGUCAAGCGAAGAAAUGCAACCAAGUUCUAAGAUAGAGCUCAAUACGCUUAAGCUGCUAGGACUUCAAAGGAAAGUUAGAUUCGAGGUUGCCACGGAGCUACGACUUAAGCAGACAUGCAACCGAGUGGAAACUCACUUAGUUGAUUGGGGACUAAUGAGAUUGCGCUAUCAUUUAUCAUCGUUUCUGGGUGGAUACACUGGCUCUGCUUACAGUGGUUCAGACGAGCAGAUGCGGAAGAAAAGAGAAGACGAGAGGCAAAGGCGGCUUGAACAAGCUGAACAAGACAGGAUACAAACAAGGAAACGAAAAUUCUUUAGCGAACUUAUGAAUUUUGGUAGGGAGUUUCUUCUACAAGGCCAGCAAAUUGUGAAGCUUCAAAAGCAGCGCAAUGAUGGGAUUAUUAACUGGCAUGCGAAACAAAAGCAGCGGGCCACACGCGCUGAAAGGCUGAGAUAUCAGGCGCUUAGAGCCGAUGACCAAGAAGCGUACAUGCGCAUGGUGGAAGAGAGCAAAAAUGAGCGGCUGACGACACUGUUAUCAAAAACAGAUGACUUACUGCAGCGUCUGGGUGCCAUGGUUCAAGAGCAAAAGGAUACAGACCCGGUUGAAGCUUUUAACAAACGGGAUAAGCACAAGGACCGGAAUCGAGAUGUAACGAAAGAUCCGUCGAGCUUGUCAUCUCCGAAAUCCAAACCUGAAUCUGGGAAGGGUGACGUUGAUACUAAAAAGAGAGACUAUCUUGAAGGACAAAGGCAGUACAAUUCUGCUGUUCACCAGAUUGAGGAGCAGGUCACUGAACAACCUGCAAUGCUGGAAGGAGGGCAACUGAGAAUUUAUCAGAUUGAGGGACUCCAAUGGAUGCUCUCCCUCUAUAACAAUAACUUGAACGGGAUACUGGCCGAUGAGAUGGGUUUGGGUAAGACUAUACAGACCAUUGCUUUAUUUGCAUACCUUAUUGAGAACAAGGGCCUGAAUGGUCCACAUAUCAUCGUAGCACCCAAGGCUGUCUUACCGAACUGGGCUCACGAGUUUAGUACUUGGGUUCCGAGUGUUUCCGUAGUUAUGUAUGAUGGUCGUGCCGAAGAUCGCAGAAUUCUCAGAGAGCAACAUGCCGGUGAAGGAUCUUUCAACGUGCUUAUAACACACUACGAUCUAAUAAUGCGUGACAAACAGUUUCUUAAAAAGAUUCGUUGGCAUUACAUGGUUGUUGAUGAGGGGCAUCGUCUGAAAAAUCACGACUGUAUGCUCGCUCGAACCCUUUCUGCCGGGUAUCACAUAAGGCGGAGAUUGCUCUUAACAGGAACACCCAUUCAAAACAGUCUACAAGAACUAUGGUCUCUAUUGAACUUCAUUUUACCUGCAAUUUUCAAUUCUAGCGGGAAUUUUGAGGAAUGGUUUAAUGCACCAUUUGCCGAUCGAGCGGAAGUUUCUCUUACAGAAGAAGAACAACUUUUGAUUAUAAGGCGUUUGCAUCAGGUCCUUCGGCCCUUUUUGUUGAGAAGAAAGAAGUCUGAAGUGGAAAAAUUUCUACCUACAAAGACGCAAGUGAUGCUAAAAUGCGACCUUUCCGCAUGGCAGAAACUUUAUUAUCAACAAAUGAUCGAAUCUCGUCGUGUUGGACUGCUUACUGGCUCUGGAAAAAAGCAAGUGGGGCUGCAAAACACGGUGAUGCAGCUCCGGAAAUGCUGUAAUCACCCUUACCUGUUUCUCAACAAGGAUUACGAACCACGAGAUCGUGACGAGAUUAUUCGCGCGUCCGGCAAGUUUGAGCUCUUAGACCGGUUGCUGCCCAAGCUCCAAAAGACCGGACACAGGGUGCUGCUAUUUUCUCAGAUGACUCGUCUGAUGGAUUUAUUGGAAAUGUACUUGACGACGCGCGGAUUUACUUAUCUACGGCUUGAUGGGACGACAAAGACGGAGGACCGUGGCAAAAAGCUUCAAAUGUUUAAUGCGGAGGACUCCCCAUAUUUUAUGUUUCUUCUCAGCACCCGUGCUGGUGGCCUCGGGCUCAAUCUUCAGACAGCAGACACAGUUAUUAUUUUCGACAGCGAUUGGAAUCCACAGAUGGAUCAGCAGGCAGAGGACAGAGCGCACCGUAUCGGACAGAAGAAGGAAGUUCAUGUCUUCGUGCUCGUCAGUGUGGGAUCUAUCGAGGAGGAGAUCUUGGAGCGAGCAAAGUCAAAGAUGGGAAUCGACGCAAAAGUUAUCCAGGCUGGGCUUUUCAACACCACAUCCACCCCUCAGGAGAGGCGGGAACUUCUCGAGGAGAUCAUGAGAAAAGGAACGUCCAACUUGUCGGCGGACGUCCCAAGCGAGCGGGAGAUCAACCGCUUGACGGCGUCGUCCGAGGAGGAAUUCGAGCUCUUCGAGGAGAUGGACGAGGAGAGACGCAAGGACGAAGGAUACAGGUCUCGGCUGAUGGAGGAACACGAGGUGCCCGAGUGGGUGUUUCUCAAGACCGACGACAUUGCCACAAACAACGACUCCACUCCACUCGAAGGCAAACGGAAGAGAAAGGAAGUGAUCUACUCGGACAUUCUCAGCGACUCGCAGUGGCUCAAGGCCGUGGAGGACGGACAAGAUGUGACGGAGGUGGCGUUAUCAAAGAGGACAAGGUCGAGCCUUCGGGAAUUGUCGUCGACACCACAGACGGGCUCCAGGAGAAGCGGAUCAGCAGGCAACAGCAGCAGCAAAGGUCCGAUCGUUUUAAAAGUGCGUACGAGAUACAGGGAGACUGUCGUAAAGACUCGCUACGCCAACGCCAAGGAUUCCGAGAGCGAGGCGCCGACGUCCAGCACCGAGGACAAGCCCGAGAGCUCGCAGCAGUCGCAAGACUGGAGAAAGCUGAAGCGGAAGAGAUCGAGCCAACAGCAGCAGCAGCAGCAACACGAGUCCGAGGAGGAAGUGGAGGAGGAAGAAGAACAAGAAGACGAAGAAGAACAAGAACAAGAGGAAGAAGAAGAACAAGGAGAGGUGGAGGAGGAGGAAGUAGUAGAAGAAGAGGAGGAUGAAGAAGACGAAGAAGAGGAAGCCAAUCCAAGUGACAGUGACGAGAGCUACGAGAAGAAGUUCCAGAAUGACACAGGGAGAAGCACAAGAAGGAACAAGAGGCAGCGUGUCUAAAGUUUGUAUUGGCUUAUACUGAAUCUAUCUUCAACCCACUAAUUGACAAAGUUCAAUUAAAAUAAGUGUUGCCUGUUUCACUUGUAAAAUUAAUAUGUAAUUUUGUUAAGAAGUUG